AACUUCAGACUCCUUUGCGUGAAGUGCAUGCAAACGUCUGGUCCUGUCGUGCGUCGAUUGAUGUUCGUCUCGGUCCCCAGUUUUGUGCAGUCCGAGACACGCUCGUCCUGUUUGUGACUCAGAUUCGUCGAUAAACCACUUGUUGGUUGGCGCUGCUUCUAAUUCUAAUCGGAGUUUCGUUCGGUCAAUUCUACUUGUACUAGUCGAACUCCCAGAAAAGUGCGACUAUUCUUCGACUACAGCAUCUGCAUCUUCUAUACGUCGCUUGAAGACUGUCGCCUUCGUUGAGCAAUUCGACUCGCCGAAGCCUUUACUACCCUGCACGUUUGACGAGCCUUUUCUGACGCGCUCACCGAGCCUCUGUUUAUAGCUUUGAAGCUCUAUGAUGACGUUCACCGACUUGUUUCGCAAAGGCGCGCCGAAGACGAAGAAGCUGGGUGAGCGUGGUGCUGGCCUAAAGAACCGCAGUGGGCGCAUCCAGGACUUUGACCAGCUGCGAAAGGAGUGCCACGCCAAUGGGGUGCUCUUCGAGGACCCCGAGUUCCCCUGCAAGGGCAGCUCUGUCUGGGGCAACAAGGACCCCAAGUUCCCCAUCACCUGGCUUCGGCCACCGGAAAUCACCAAUAAUCCAAAGCUGUUUGUGGAUGGAGCAUCAAGAUUUGAUGUUGUCCAAGGAAGUGUUGGGAAUUGCUGGAUGGUGGCAUCUACCGCCAACCUGACGCUCAGCGACGAGCUGUUCUACCGUGUGGUCCCCGAAGACCAGUCGUUUGACCAAGACUAUGCGGGCAUCUUCCACUUCCGAAUUUGGAAAGCCAACCGGUGGAUCGACGUAGUCAUAGACGAUCGGCUACCGACACUCGAUGGCAGCCUCAUCUUCAUGAAAUCACGCUCGGGCAAUGAAUUCUGGAGUGCCCUGCUUGAGAAGGCUUAUGCCAAGCUCCACGGCAGCUAUGAGGCACUCAGUGGGGGCUCGGCCUGCGAGGCUAUGGAGGAUUUCACGGGCGGCCUUACGGAAUCCAUCGACCUCAAAAACCCGCCUAAGCAACUGUUUGUGCUCAUGCUCAAAGCAUAUGAGCGCUCUUCACUGAUGAGCUGUUCGAUCCCGGUGGGCUCGAUCCCAGAAGAGAAGCUGGCCAGCGGCCUUGUUGCUGGCCAUGCCUACAGCAUCACUGCUGUGCGACUGGUCUACAUUGAACGACUGAAGGGUCGGAUGCCCCUGAUCCGGCUGAGGAAUCCCUGGGGAGACGACACUGAGUGGAGAGGGGCCUGGAGUGACCAGUCGCGUGAAUGGUCCCUUGUGUCACCCGAGGAGAGAGAAGCCAUUGGCCUCACAUUUGAUGCUGAUGGUGAAUUUUGGAUGUCAGAAAGGGACUUUAUGCGGGAGUUUCACUUUCUAGAAAUCUGCAACUUGGGCCCUGACUCGCUGGACAAUGAAGUACUUUCAGACACGUCAAAAAAGAAGUGGGAGGUGUCCAUUUUUGAAGGAUCCUGGGUUCGAGGUGCCACUGCUGGAGGUUGCAGAAACUACCUCGAUACCUUCUGGGUGAACCCGCAGUAUUUCAUCACACUGGAGGACCCAGACGACGACGACGAGGAGCAGAACUGCACCUUGAUAGUGGCACUCAUGCAGAAGAAUAGGCGGGCAGCCAGGACUCUGGGGGCAGGACUGUUCCUUACCAUUGGCUUUGCCCUCUACAAGAUUGACAACCCUGAUACCUGUCCGACGCCUCUGGACAUGACGUUUUUCAAGUACAACCCGUCGGCGGCACGUUCACACACGUUCAUCAACUCGAGGGAGGUGACGACACGCUUCAACCUUCCUCCCGGCACCUACUGCGUGGUGCCCUCCACCUUCGAGCCCAACCAGACGGGAGAAUUCCUCCUGCGGAUAUUCACCGAAAAAAAGAAUGUUUCCCAUGAACAUGAUGUACCUCCUGCCAUUGUUCCUCCUGCCGAUAACGUUCGUGCGAAAGAAGAGGACCCCAGUUCUGAUCGUGCUCAGCAAUUGCGAGCACUGUUUGCCAAGAUUGCUGGUGAUGACAUGGAAGUGAACAGCUAUGAACUCCAGAAGAUCCUCAAUAUGGUCUUCCGCAAAGCAGUGUGCCGCACGGUGUCAAAGCCACCACCGCCUGAGCAAGAUUGCGAUUGGCGCCAGUUGCUUAAGUGUCUUGACUGCUUUAGCUCACAAUCUCCCCAGGAAAACGGUGAUGACGACGAGAUUCGGUCCGAGCAGUUUUCUCUGGAUGUGUGCCGGAGCAUGGUUGCACUCAUGGACGAUGACCAUUCAGGAAAACUUGGACUGGAUGAGUUCAGAGCUCUCUGGAUCCUAGUUAGGACCUGGAAGAAUGUCUUCACUGCAUUUGACAAAGAUGGAUCAGGCUUUUUGAACACGUUCGAGCUGAGGGCUGCCUUGAAUUCCGCCGGAUACCAAGUGAACCAGCAUAUUCUCAAAGCUCUGGUCCUACGGUACGGCAACGACGAUGGAAACAUUGCUUUCGAGGACUUCAUUGGUUGUGCUGUUAAGCUGAGGACCAUGAUAGAGGUGUUCAAGGAGAAAGACACAAGGAAUAUUGGAAGUGCAGUGUUUACAAUUGAUGAGUGGCUGGAGAACACGAUGUAUGCAUAGGAUACCGGAUGCAACUGACACGUGACGAUCUUUGAUAUGUCUCUUUGGGAAAUCCUAGCCAACAAACUGCCAACUCCUGUCACUUCCAACAUCUCUUUUGGGUCUUUGCCUUAAUACGAGCGGACUCCUCAUGUAACGCAAGGCUUUAGAAACUUGCACUCUCUGUCAUGCGUAGCUUCUGCAGAGUGUCAGUGCUGCUUGCAUUGUGUACCAAAAACGACGUCGUACAGCAGCUUAUUUUCGGGGGUUGACUUUUGUAGGUUGACGUGCAUGCUAUUAGAUGCUGCUUUGGACGCUCACAACUAGUCAUCUUCUUGCUAAGACAACCAUUAGAAGCCAAGCUGAAAGCCUUGCGUUCUUACCGUGUGCUCUGCGCUUGUCUUUAUCCAUGUUGAGCUUGUCAAUAACGGUGUCUGCUCUCCCUAAUUGAGAUGCAUCUGGGACAAUGUGCUCCAUUUUUUCGCGAUGUCUGUGACAUUUAACAGUACUUUCAGCAUUAUGCAGUUGAACUUUGGUAUAAUGAACGUCUGUGAACGAAAUUCACAAUUUAGUGAAUUUUGCUUACAUUUACCCAGCUUAGCCCCAUCGAAGAUCGUGUAUUUUCUACCCCUAGGCUUCUUUCAGGAUUUUAUUCAUAUAUUCAUAAUUAUGACGUAUUGGCCACUAGAAGAGUUCGAGGAAGCAGUGAAAUCGUCCAAUCUAUUGAAAUGCAGAAACCUCGCUAUGUAUAACGAAAUUAUUUAUUUUUGAAGUUUUUGGUUAGAAGUAUGACUUUAUUAUAUCGAGGUUUGACUGUACUUUGUAUAUGUGGUGCAAUUUAAUUAUUAUUUUCUAAUAUGCAACGUUGGCUGAAUUUGCUGCCUUUAUUUUUAUGGCGACACAAAGGCAGGAAUGACGGCAAAAUUUUCAGAGUGCAUUUGUGAAAUUGCCCCAUUCACUCUCAGGAAGGGGAACUUUUGUUUUCCCUCCGUGUCUUGUUACGUUACAUCCAUGUAAAUGUGCAUGAAUUUUGGUAGAUGUGUUUAAGUAUCUUGACGCAUCAUAUAUAUGAAAUACAGAUGCAUUGGAAGUACAGACAUAUUUUAUGUAUAUGAUGCUCUUUCUUUUCCCUCUUAUUAGUUUUUAAAUGGAUUAGCAAUAUAAUAUUAUCUGUCAGCCUUGCUGGUUGUAAUGAAAACACAGUGGAGAAGCUGGCUGAGGCAGUGAUAUGCACAGCACGUUAUAUUGUCUUCAACACAAUUGUUUAUGAUGACGUAUUGAUGACCUAGUAAAGGUGGCUGACAGUGGUUGCUUUUACUGUCGUAUGUUUACCGUGGCUAGCUCCUACUCUUAUUCUUGUGUUCCUUUAAGAUUGAGAAAUUAGAAUUUCUUGACGAUCCAAGUAAAUCGGGUGCACUGUUUUUCCAUGUCCCUGUUUGAUGGUGGUACUCCUUUUUCUUUUAUUAAUCUGCCUGUCCCUUGUUAUGUAUUGUUAUGCUUGUUGUGGCAGCCAUUGUAAGUUGCAAUCUUCCAGAGAUUUGUUUUUGUGACUGUUGUGCACUUUUUGUUCUAACGUGUUUCAGCAGCGCUUUAUUGUUGAUCAUUAUAAUAAAAAACCCGAACAUGCCUUCUUGGCUGGCA